AUGGUUUCAAUACUCCCCAAGCGGCCUCAGCAGCUCAUCCUCAGUCCUCACACACGCUUCGAAGCGCACGCUUCCGGCUUCAAACCUCAGAGCGGCGGCACGGGCCGCGACUCUGACGACCAUGUGCGUGAGUCAACGCUGGACCAACUGUCGCACACAGGGUCCACGGACGACGAAGACGAAUCUGAGUUUCCCGACGGCGGCGUGGCCGCUUACCUGGCGCUGCUGGGCUCUUUUAUGGGCCUUCUGCCGGCGUGGGGCGUGAUCAACUCGCUCGGUGCCCUCGAAGGCUACAUCUCGAAGCACCAGCUGGCGUCAGACUCGUCCUCAAGCGUAUCGUGGAUUUUUGCGCUCUACCUUGCGAUCGUGAGCGCUAGCUGCGUUCUUACGGGCGCGUAUUUCGACCGCAACGGCGGCUUCGGCGCCAUUGUUGUCGGCACUGUGCUCUUCGUGACCAGUUUGGUGGCCACGGCAAACUGCCACACCAUUUGGCAAUUUAUCCUGGCAUUCUCCGUCCUGGGCGGCCUGGCCAACGGCAUCCUCACUACGCCGCUGGUGAGCUGCGUGGCCACCUGGUUCUCGCGCAAGCGCGCCAUGGCAACGAGCUGUGCCACGAUCGGCGGGUCUCUGGGCGGGAUCAUCUUCCCGCUCAUGCUCAAGAAGCUCUACGUCGAAGUCGGCUUUCCAUGGGCCCUGCGGAUUCUGGCAUUCGUGUGUCUGGCUUGUCUGUCAUUCGCGUGCCUUUUCGCGCGCGAGCGCGUCAAGCAGAAGCCGCAGGCGUUUUCCAGUAAGCAUGAGAUGGCCAAGUUUUACGUGCUUGGGAGCUUCAACUGGAAAUACUUCUGCGACGCCAAGUAUGUGUUCACGACGCUGGGCUUCUCGCUCGCGGAAAACUCCAUUCUGGCCACCAGCACCUACAUUGCGUCCUACGCAAUGGCCCGCGGCAAUAGCGAGGGCAGCUCCUUCACGCUCAUCACCGCAGGCAACGCCAUGCAGAUCCUAGGCCGCUACGUCCCUGGCUACAUUUCGGACCGGUACGCAGGCCGUUUCAACGUCGUCAUUGUCAUGACGCUCAUGGCGGUCGUGGUCAAUUUCGCCAUCUGGCUGCCGUUCGGCGGCAACCCCAAAGCGCUGUGGGCCUACUACCUACUGUACGGCUUCUUUUCAGGGUCCAUCUUCUCGCUAACCGCGGUGUGCAUCGGCCAGAUCUCCAAAACCCGCGACUUUGGCAAGCGCUACUCUACUGCAUACCUACUGAAUGCGAUGAUGACCCUGCCCACCAUCCCCAUCGCUGGUACCAUCAUUGGCAGGGGCUCGGUGUCGGACUACAACAAGUUUAUCAUCUUCUCCACGUGCCUCAUGCUGGCGGGAGGCCUGAGCUACGCUGUAGCGAGGUUCCUGUGCGCGGGUGUGAGGAUUUGCAAGGUUUAG